UUUUUGAAAAUAAAUAUUUUUUUGUUUAAUUCAGAAUGUGGUACUAUUUUGUUGCUCAUAUAGCUUAUCACUUCACUAGAUGCUUUCCUAAAGAUGGUCGUUGUGGUGCCAGAAUUUUUGUAAUGUUCGUUGCACUACUUUUUUUGUUACCUCAAUUCAUAGUUUUGAUACAUCCAACUACUAGUCGAUACUGUGUACAACCGAUUCUUAAUAUGCUGGUAGUAUCUAUCUGCAUGACAUUUGUAAUGCUAGCUUUUACAUUUCUUUUUACCAUGAUGGAGCCUGUUCCCUGGAAAUUAAAAAUUGGAUUCCAUUUUUUUGGAUUUUUUUCUCUUAUUAUUGGAUUGGUUCAGUUUGGAAUAACUGUUGACUCUAAUUGUUCUGAAACAAUACCUGAACUGUAUUUACUGUCUUUAUCAUUUGGCAUUUUUUCUCUAGUCUCAGCAAUUUUUUUACUUUUAUUGAUUCCGUUUUGGUUCGUUAACUUUUUUUGGCCUGGAUCAGUUUUAAGUUUGAAAGAAAGAAGAGGUAUUUGCUAUGAGCCGGUGAAAUCAUUCUCAUGUGUUUGGCAUGUUUAAAAUAUAUAUGCACAUUUUUAUUUGAAAACUAAUGCUCAGAAGUUAGAUCUGUUGUAAAUUUUUAUGAAAUUAAACAUAUGGCUAUGAUGAAAAUAAUAAGUUUUCAUAAACUAUAUAACAAACUAAUUAUGAUGAUGGUAUUUUACAAAACUGCCAUAUAUGCCUAAUUAUAUAAAUGGAAAUAUUCAGCGAUAUUUAAGCAAGUCUUUUUGUGUAAUUAUAUAUACA